GCAUUACGGUGCUAAGGCUAGGGCCGUCCCCCACAUUGUUCAUACAGACUCCUUUGUCCGCCAACAACCACCAUGUCACAGCUAUCGUUCAAGGGCCACACCGUCGUUGUAACCGGUGCAGGCGGUGGUCUGGGCAAAGCGUAUUCACUCUUCUACGCGUCGAGGGGUGCAAAUGUGGUCGUGAAUGACGUCAGUCAAGCGGCGGCACAGACGGUGGUGGAUGAGAUUAACCAAGCGGGAGGAAAGGCAGCCGUCAACACUGCAUCCGUAGCAGACGGUGCUGCCGUCAUCAAGACUGCACUUGACGUGUUUGGAGGUGUGACGAUACUGAUCAACAACGCUGGGAUCCUCCGAGACAAGGGGUUCAAGAACAUGACAGAUCAGGAAUGGGACCAGGUUCAAUUGGUUCACCUGAAGGGCUCGUUCUCCUGUAGUAGGGCUGCGUGGCCAAUAUUCUGCAAGCAAGGUUUCGGUCGCAUCGUCAACACAGCGAGUGCUGCUGGGCUGUAUGGUAAUUUCGGGCAGGCGAAUUAUAGUGCCGCUAAGAUGGGCCUGAUUGCAUUCACGAAGACACUCGCUCAGGAAGGUGCGAAGUACGGCAUCAAGGCUACUGUCAUUGCGCCAAUGGCUGCUUCAAAGAUGACGGAAACUAUCAUGCCUCCCGAGAUGCUCGCCAACUUGAAGCCUGAGUUCGUAGCACCAUUUGUCGCAGCUGUCACGCAUCCAGAUGGCCCCGAAGCAUCUGGCAGGAUCUUCGAGGUCGGUGCUGGCUAUAUCGCCGAGGUGCGAUGGGAACGCAGCAAGGGUGUCGUCUUCAAAACGGAUGUGUCGUUCACUCCUUCCGCAGUUCAAGAAAAGUGGUCGGACGUCACAGAUUUCGACGAAGGAGUUGAACACCCGCAAGGCCUGCCAGACUUUGACCCUCAGGCCAUCCUCGCAGCAGGCUCGAAUCUGUCAUCGAACGCGCAAGCAUCCCCCGAAGUGCGCUUCGAAGGAAAGACUGUCAUCAUCACAGGUGCGGGCGCGGGCCUGGGGCGUGCGUAUGCGCAUAUGUUCGCCAAACUUGGCGCGAACGUCAUCGUGAACGAUCUCAGCGAGAAGGCCGCAAAUGCUGUAGUGGCUGACAUCACGAAAGCGGGUGGGAAGGCUGUCGUUGCGAUCUGCUCUGCGGAGGAUGGCGAGGGCAUCGUCAAGGUCGCAAUGGAUACGUUCGGUGGAGUGCAUGCACUUGUCGCGAACGCAGGCGUCGUCCGGCCAAAUGCGUUAGGGAACAUGACCGACAAGCAGUGGGAUGAAGUCAUGGCUGUUCAUCUUCGCGCUGCAUACAAGUGUGCCAAAGCAGUCUGGCCCAUCUUCCAGAAGCAGAAGUUCGGCCGUAUCAUCACGACCAGCUCACAAGCGGGCGUCUAUGGAAUGCCUGGCUUGGCAAAUUAUGCCACGGCAAAGGCAGCUAUCGUUAGUUUAACUAGGACUCUCGCGAUUGAAGGCAGGAAGUACAAUAUUCUAGCCAAUUCGAUCGUACCAUCCGCUGGCGCGAUGGUCGGUCUUGGUCGCGCUUACAGCAACGUAGAUGCCAUCAAGGAGGAGUACGUCGCGCCCGUUGUCGGCUUCCUGGCGAGUGAGGCCAACGUCGACACAUCAGGUGGACUCUUCCAGAUCGCCGCGGGCUGGGUCGCGCAGCUGCGCUGGCAGCGGACGGGUGGACAUGGGUUCCCAGUGAACAAGCCGCUCACGCCUGAGGCGAUCACGUCGAAAUGGAAGGAUAUUACCGAUUUCUCGGACGGUCGCGCCACAAACCCCUCGUCUACGCAGGAAGCGUUCAUGCAGAUUGCGGAGAACUUCGGCAACGAAUCAGAGGAUAGCAACGGAGGUAGCUCGAGCCCCUAUGCUGACCCAGAAGACUCCGAGCUCGUCGCAGAGGCGAAGAAGACGGUUGAAGAGCCGACCGAGUACACCUACAAUGAGCGCGAUGUCAUUUUGUAUAACCUCGGAAUCGGUGCAACGGAGAAGGAGCUGCAGUGGACGUUCGAGGGCGACGAUGACUUUGCCGCACUACAGACGUUUGGUGUCAUUCCUCAAUUUGCGGCCAGUGCGGGAAUUUCUCUGGAUUGGCUGCCGAACUACAACCCGGCUAAGCUCCUGCAUGGCGAGCAAUACCUCGCAAUCAAGGGGCCCAUCCCGACCAGCGGUGAUUUCAUCAACGAGGCGAGGCUGGUAGAGGUGCUCGACAAAGGCAAGGCCGCCGCCGUGACGUCGAUCGUGGAGACCAAGGACAAGACGACUGGCAAAGUCGUAUUCGAGAACCAAUCGACAGUGUUUAUCCGCGGAGCAGGAGGCCUUGGGGGUAAGCGGGUCGGGAAAGACCGUGGCGCAGCGUCCGCAGCAAACACGCCGCCCCAACGCAAGCCGGACGCUGUCCUCGAGGAGAAGACGCUCCCCAUCCAGGCCGCAUUGUACCGCUUGAGUGGAGACUAUAACCCGCUCCAUAUCCAGCCGGAGUUUGCGGCCGUCGGUGGAUUUGACAGGCCGAUCUUACAUGGUCUUUGCUCGUUUGGCAUUUCGGGGAAGCAUGUCCUGAAGACGUUCGGCGAAUUUAAGGAUAUCAAAGUGCGGUUUGCCGGUGUCGUAUAUCCUGGGGAGACGCUUGUUACGGAGAUGUGGAAGGAGGGCGGCAAGGUCAUCUUUACCACGAAGGUGAAGGAGCGGAAUGCUGUCGUCCUCGCUGCGGCCGCAGCGACCUUAGUGAACCCAGGUGGAGCGAAGGCGAAGUUGUAAGUAAUAACCGGGACGGGACAAUAUAUCAGUAUCAGACCUCGUUUAUUCGCAUCACUACUUCAAACCUAUGGAGCGUAUCGCAUUGCGCAUGACUGGCGCAAAGAGCCACUCUUGACUUCCUUACUAGCACGAUCGGAGAAAUACCGUUGACCCUCACGAUGGCUGGGCCAUUCUCACUGCAUGCAAGGGCCAUCAUGCAGAAGCGUGAUGCGCUCUGAAGAGGCUCGAGGAGACGGCGUGUACACGAAGUGGUCAUGCAGCUACUAGUCAAAUUUCAUGCAAGCGACCGCGUUACUGCUUGGCUGAUGGUUAAGAUCGGCCACGCACAGAAUGUUCGGCCAGCAUGGUGCUGGAUGUCGGUAAUUCGAAUUUCUCCGGUGAUGAAGGCUGCUAUGCGUGCCCUGA